AUAUUUGUUGUUUACUCUCCUCGAUAGUUCAUAAUAAGAAAUAUUUAAUUAUACACUUAAAAAUCCUUAUCAAUUAUCAGCAAUCUAUUCAUUGCUAAUUAGUUUCCAACUGAAAAAUUUUACUUUUCAUCAAGUGAAUAGUGAUAUAGUAAACAAACAGCUUUAUUUCGUUUAUAUACAAACCAAUUAAAGCAUCGGGAGUGUAUAAGUUAAUUGUAAUAAUUACAAUGGUGUCAUCGAUAAGUAUCUCUGUUGAAGCACCGAAUGAAAAUAAAAUUCAAGAGAUCACUUAUGAUGGACAAGAAAUUUAUCAGGCGCCGCUCACAUUGUCAGAAAAUUUGGCAAAAACUGCACAGAGAAUAGAUUUUAAUAAAACAAAUACCUCAGCAUCAGACACUGAUGACUUUAAUGAUGAAUCUGUUGGAGAUGAUGGUGAAAAUGACAAUAAGCAGGGUUCUAAGGAAUCAUUUCCACCAAAUCCAUUGCUACCAUUCGAUAGCAUUAGAACAAAAUUAAAAAAUGCGUACACAGAGAUAAGUGUUCUACAUGAUGUGUUGGCGGUGAUAAGAGAAAAACGGUACAUGGUACUGGAUCCGAUACCACAAGAGUCACCGGAAGUUAAAGCAAUGGCACAAGUUUACGCACGAAAAAAAGCACUUGAAGGUGCAACUAAUGUCUUGCUUACUGCUGCCGAAAGAUUGAAAAACAGCCGCAAUGACAUGGCUGCCAAUAAAUCAACGUCUGAGUUCCACGUUGAGUUGUUGAGGCUACGUCAGAAUUGGCGAUUGAAAAAAGUGUCUAAUUCGAUAAUCGGUGAUCUGAGUUAUCGAACUGCUGGUUCAAAAUACGCACAAGCGGGAAUAUUUGAAGUAACUAAAGCAGAUGAUGAUGAAAGUACUGAGAGUAUUUCAAAAUCAAGCUCACCUUUGUCUUCAAGUCAAGCAACGGUACCGUCCUCCUCAUCGUCAUCAUCAUCAAAAACUUCAUCUCUGCGCGUAUCCAUUCCAACUGAAUUACAAGGCGUAGCAUACAUUAAAGUCUUGUGUCAAAAAGAUCAAGAAGAUUUAUGUAAUUUUAAUUUAAAUUUAUCAGCUGCAAGCGCGAAAAAAGCUGACAGUGACAUGCACUGGCAACAAAAACUCGAAGCUGCACAAAAUGUGUUAUUUUGUAAGGAGCUAUUUAAUCAACUGGCACGAGAAGCGAUACAUUCACAUGCAUUGAUACCGCAUUUGGUGGUCGGUAAUCAGAUAACAGCAUCUAUAUUCCCUAACAUUCAUUUGGUAAUCGCACUGUGCCACGGUCUAAGCGCCAGUGACAGUAAAAAAUCAUCUACAUCCUCACCAUCAACGGCAUCCACUCACAGCGCUGAACAUGACCACGUGCUUGAGCACUCACUUCAUCAAUUACUACGCGAAAUCCACCACAAAAAUACCCAUCAUUCAUUUCCGCAUCCGUCGUCGGGACAAUUCUGGCCCAGCAAACGCCGCUGUCUUGCCGGGCCAUCGGCAGCAGAUCGCUACGAGCUCCUGGAGAUGACUAAGAACCAAACGAUUCUAGAUCAAAUAAUAAAACAAACUCAGCACUACAUAAUGAGAAGACGUGCUGCAUUUGUGCUGGAUUCAAUUGCUAAAGAUGUAAAAGACCCGAUAAUUGUUUCACACUGGAAUGCGCUGAGCACACCCACACUAGCUUGUGUAAAAAUAAACAUAUGGACUGAUGGUUAUGACACCGUUUGUCGUACGUCCCUAGCUAUUUAUGUUUAUGAAAAGUCAUUCAAGUGCGUUUGUAGAGACGGCAGAGUUAUGCACAUGAGUUACGAGCCUCAAGAACUUCGUAAUCUUUUACUCUGUCAGAUAAAUCAGCAUCAAAUACUGGCGGUGCAAAAUUUGGCAAAAUGUAUGGGCUGGCAAUUUUUAGCAAACAGUUCCCAUCUUGGAUUGGGUCCUGUUGAACCACUGGGUAAUGCUAAGAGCUGUCUUUUAGCAUCACCUACUGGUGAUCGUAUGAUUGCAGUGCGUUGUGAUCCUCAGAAUGGCGUGCAAGUCUCGACUUCACAUUCGCCUAGAACAGAUUUCUAUCCGGGGCAGGUUGUGCGCGAGCGUAAAUGGGAACACCAAUGUGGACCGUUUAAAGAAGUACAGUGGGACAAAAUGGAAGGUAAAAAUUUUCUAAACAAAAUGGAACUAUUGAUGUCGUCACUCACUUGCUCUUUAUAAAUAUAGUGGUUUGAUAAAUUAAUUUAAUAUAAUUUUUCAUUUUGAUAUAUGAUCUCAAGAAAAAAGGUUAAGUAUUAAUAGAUAAUAUCAAACGUUUGUAAUUGUGUGCCUUGAGGAUAAUAUAUAUAUAUAUAUAUUUUUAUACUUUGAUCAUCACAAUUGUAUGUGUAUAUGUUAUAUAUUGAACUGUGCUAAAAAAUUACAUUCGAGCCCAUAAGUAAACUCAGAAUAAAAUUUUAUUUUUUAUGUAAAUUUAUUUUAAUUAUGUAUGUAAUUAAUACUUUAAUAAACAAUAAA